GUCAUAGGGGAGUGGUUUUAAAUGCCAGGAUCACCCGCUGAUGCUUCUGCAGGCUAGAGUCUGGCAGUGGGGUGUUGCCAUCACGAUACAGAACAGUAAAAUCCGUUCUGCUGUAGGCUACUCUUUACUGAUUCCUGCUAUAUAGACUCCAGUCGUUCAAAAGAAGACAGCAUGGUGUACCACCCUGAGUUUGAGCGAGCGGGCCAACAGCCUGGGCUCCAAGUGUGGAGAGUCGAGAAGUUUGAUUUGGUUGCCGUUCCUGAGAACCUCUAUGGAGGGUUCUACACAGGUGAUGCCUAUGUGGUGCUCAAUACUAUCAAACAACGCUCUGGCAACCUACAAUAUGACCUCCACUUCUGGCUAGGUGACUACUGCACACAGGAUGAGAGUGGGGCGGCUGCCAUUUUCACAGUGCAGAUGGAUGAUUAUUUGGGGGGAAAGCCCAUCCAGUACCGUGAGGUUCAGGGCUAUGAGUCGAAAGCUUUCCUGGGCUACUUUAAGAAAGGACUGCAGUACAUGAAAGGUGGAGUUGCCUCAGGAUUUAAACAUGUGGUCACCAAUGAAGUUACAGUGCAGCGUGUGCUACACGUCAAAGGGCGUCGUGUUGUCAGGGCAACCGAAGUGCCAGUCAGUUGGGACAGCUUUAACCAGGGAGACUGCUUCAUCUUGGACCUUGGAAAUGAGAUCUACCAGUGGUGUGGCUCAAAAAGUAACCGCUUUGAGAAGCUGAAAGCCACUCAGCUUGCGAAAGGCAUUCGUGACAAUGAACGCAGUGGGCGAGCCCGCAUGUAUGUGUGUGAUGAAGGAAUGGAGCGAGAGAAGAUGUUGGAGGUUCUUGGAGAAAAGCCUAACCUGCCUGAAGGAGCAUCUGAUGACAUCAAGGCCGAUGCCUCCAAUAGGAAGAUGGCCAAACUCUAUAAGGUGUCUGAUACUAGUGGAGACAUGACGAUUGCACUGGUGGCCGCUGAGAACCCCUUCUCCCAGAGUGCACUGGAAUCUAGUGACUGCUUCAUCCUGGACCAUGGCUCAGAUGGCAAGAUCUUUGUUUGGAAAGGCAAAGAUGCUAAUUUUGAAGAGAGAAAGGCUUCCAUGAAGGCAGCAGAUGAGUUUAUUAAGAAAAUGGGUUACCCCAAACACACUCAAGUGCAGAUUCUUCCAGAGAUGGGCGAAACUCCUCUAUUCAAGCAGUUCUUUAAAAACUGGCGUGAUUUGGACCAGACGGAGGGCCUGGGUGUGGCUUAUGUCUCCAACAGCAUCGCUAAGAUUGAGAAGGUGCCGUUUGAUGUUUCCACCUUGCAUGAUUCCUCAGCCAUGGCGGCACAACACGGAAUGAUUGACGACGGCAAUGGAGAGAAACAGAUCUGGCGUAUUGAAGGUUCAGAUAAGGUUCCAGUUGACCCCUCUACCUAUGGCCAAUUCUAUGGUGGAGACAGUUAUAUCAUUCUGUACGGUUAUCACCAUGGAGGCAGACAGGGUCAUAUCAUCUACAUCUGGCAGGGUAAGGACUCAUCGCAAGAUGAGAUUGGAGCAUCUGCCAUCUUAGCCGCCCAGCUGGACAAUGAGCUUGGAGGUGGACCCGUACAGGUGGCUGGUGCUCCGCUCACCACUCAGGUGCGUGUGGUUCAGGGUAAGGAACCAGCUCACCUGAUGAGUCUGUUUGGAGGACAGCCCAUGGUGGUGCACAAGGGUGGCACCUCCAGGGAUGGAGGUCAGAUGGAGCCAGCUGAGACUCGGCUGUUCCAAGUGCGCUCAAACUCUACAGGGUGCACACGAGCAGUGGAGAUUGAAGCUGUGUCCUCUAAUCUGAACUCCAAUGAUGCAUUUGUCUUGGUGACCCCAGCCACUUCUAUCAUGUGGGUGGGACGUGGAGCAAGUGAUACAGAGAAACAUGGAGCACAGCAGCUUUGUGACAUCUUAGGAGUUUCGCCCUCUGUGCUGCGUGAAGGAGGAGAGAAUGAUAACUUCUGGGAGGCUUUGGGAGGAAAGGCAGAGUACCGCACAUCCUCCAGGCUUCAGGAUAAGCUGACUGCCCAUCCGCCACGACUGUUUGCCUGCUCAAACAAAACUGGACGCUUCAUUAUUGAGGAGGUACCUGGGGAGAUGACCCAGGAAGACCUGGCUACAGAUGAUGUCAUGAUCCUUGACACCUGGGACCAGGUGUUUGUUUGGAUCGGUAAUGAGGCUCAUGAUGAAGAGAAGACUGAGGCUAUGGCAUCAGCUGUUCAAUACAUUGAAACUGAUCCAGCUAACCGUGACACACGCACACCUAUUGUGAAGAUCAAACAAGGCUUUGAGCCUCCCACUUUUACAGGCUGGUUCUUGGGAUGGGACCAUGACUACUGGAGCACUGACCCCCUGGAGCGUGCCAUGGCUGAGCUUGAGUUGUAAAUUUUCACCCGACCUUUAAGCCCUACUGCAUUAAUACAUGCUGAUCAAAGUUGCCCUUUGAUACAAACAAGACACAUUUUUGAUGCUUAUGAGGGUUUUUAAAAGCCAAAGUUGCUCCUUGGUCACUUUUAAAUAGCUUACCUUACUGCCUUUAGCUUCAGUCACCAAACUUAAGGCAAUGCCAUUAAUUCCCUGCCAAGGUAUGCAAGUAUUAGCUGCAUGCACUCAGCAAUAUUUUAUUUAAAGCGUUUUAGAUUAACUUUUAGAUUGUUUAUUUGGUCUGUACACCUUAUCUUGCUGAAGUGCAUUAGCCUAUAUCAGAUAGAAAAUAUGCAGGGAAAGCCUUGUUAAAAUCCGUCACAAAUAUUUUUUCCCUUUUUUAUUUCCUUUUUUUAUUACUUGACCAGUAUUAAGAGUUUUACUAGCAACACUAUCUUAAGUGUUUGAACUUAUUUUUAAUUGCUAUAUUUGAGAUAAAGCAAUAGUGUAUGUCUAUAGUGCCACUAAAAUACAGACAUAACAAACAGUAGUGCACAGUAGGUAUGUGGUCUUUUUCCACCUUUAGGAGAUUUAGGAGUUGGAGAUGUGCUAUAUUCGGUAUAACAUACUACCAUUCUACUAUUACAAUUUCUGGAGUAUGUAGGGUGUACUGUAUACUCAAGUAUGCACAUUUUCUGUAUGCAUGGAGAACCCAGAAUUGCAGUGUAAAACAGAGUACAGAGUACACUGCACUGGGUGCUAAAUACCAUAAUGCGCUCAACGUGACCUUCCAUAGUGUAAUUAAUGAACCAUUUUUUACAUCUCUUUCUUUAAUCAUUAUUUGAUCUGUCUGUCAAAAUACUUUUUUAUUUACAUUUACAUUAGUCCUUUCCGAACAGCCAUACUCAUGCUAAUAAAAUAAGCAAUAACAGGCCUCUACAGACAGAGGGCGCUGAAAGACUUCUUCAAAUGAUGAAUUACUGCCUCAAAUCUCAAUCUAAGAACAGCCAGGCCCAUUGUCUCAUUUUAGACUUUAAAUAGCAACAGUUAGGUGAUUUUAAGACCGGUCAUAAUCGAAGUUGCAUUCCGGUUUUAUUCUUGAAAAAAUCAGUGCCAUUACACAAACUGAAUUGUUUAAGUGCUUUUUAAUUUAAAACACAAUUAUUUCAGAAUGUCAGAGUGGAAUAGAGACUUGUUUUGGCAUUGGUCAGGUAUGUGAUUAUUUUUCUAGGAUGCCUUAUUCUACAUAUGCAAUGUUAAGAUGAAAACAAGCCUGUCUUCUGGCUAUUUCUAGAGUCUAGAUUGGAUAAUUGUUAACAUAAGGGUAGGUUAGAUGCCUAAUGAUCAGUGGAAAUAGCAGACUCCACACCAUGCAAAGGUUACUUUUAAUAUUUGCUGGAAUGAGACUCAAAGGUUAUUUUAAGGAGUUAAUACAGACACUGCUGCUUUGCUGUGCAAAUCCUUCUGUAGACUAAAGAUUCUGUUUUCCUACUAUUACAAUAAACACAACCCCAAAAGUU